AAAAAAGUAUUACGGUCUGAUCGGCCGUGAAGAUCUAGUUAUCAUAAAAUAAGUUUGAAAGAAACUCGCUUGAAGCUGUCUUCAAUCCCCGCUUGAAGCUCAGCAUGAAGCUAAUUGUGUGCGUCUGCGACUAUUCGAGGCGUCGCCACUUCUACAAUUGUCCAGUUCCAGACCGCAUCCAAGUGCUCUCCGGUGGUGAGGGCCAGGCUAAGAUUAAAACUGUGCGACGUUUGCUAUUGGAGCUGGACGCGGUUAGUGGCAACUAUGUGCUGCAUGAAGUGUUGCAGCAGCAGGUGUUGCGCGAUUGGCUGCUGCAUGAUCUAGGUGUCCAGCUGCUGUGGCUGGCAUUCCGUCCGCCAGAGCGUUUGGCCAUCGAUUACAAGUGGGCGGAUAUGUUGAUGCACACCAUUUGGCAGCACAUCGAGCUGGAGCAACUUAUGUGCUGGCUAUCGACGCUGGGUGGCGGCUACUCGGCGCUCGGCGACCAGUUCGAAGGCUGCGCUAAGGCAGCGGGUCAGAUCUCGCUCCAGCAGCUGACAAUCGGCCUGCGCCUGGGCGAUCCUUUUGUGCAGGCGCGCUGCAAGCUCUACUACAGCAUAUCCCUCAUACAACGCGGUCAACUGCGACGGGCCAAGCUUCUAAUACGCGCACAAUAUCGAUUCGCAUGUGGGGAACCCAAGAAGCACGACCGGCGUCUGGUGCACAUGUGCCUGGGCAUUUGGCAGCGCCUGUGCUACGAGUACGAGCAGCGCCAGAGUCGUCGUUUAAUUAAAAUUAACAAAUGAUAUUUAUAUUCAAGUAAUACUUAAUUGUUAUUGGAAGGGCGCUUAGGCUUAGGAAUAAAAUUAAUUUAACUUUUGUGCCCCAAGUUUUAAAAUA